AUGAAUCUUCGAACUCCCAAUAGAAGCUAUGUGCAAGGCAUGAUAAGAUCUCGAAAGUUACUGGUCCUUGUUUGCCUGCUUGUCACAGCUACAUUCACGACGUAUCUCCUCCGGCGCCCAGAGACACUCGAGGAAUCCACCUCCCUUCUUCACGGUCAUCAUGCUCACGAGGAGAACGAACCCCUCCUCCCCGCGAGUUCACUCCUGCAUCCUAUCCAUCAGCUAGUCGCCCAAGCAGAAGGUGAUUUUCAAACCGUUCUCGCGCGUCAGUCUCGAUCUCUAAGCGAUGCGGUAGCCGAGUACCGCAGGCGGUACAAGCUACCACCUCCGCCGCAUUUCGACAAGUGGUACAACUUUGCAAAAAAGCGAGGAGUUGAGCUCAUUGACGAAUAUGACACGAUAUACCAUCAACUGCUGCCGUUCUGGGCACUGGAGCCGGCUGUGAUUAGAGAGAGAACAAGAGAGGCCAUUGGAUUUGACAAUGCGUUGAUCGCGGUGAUGAUUCGGGAUGGCAAAGUCACCAAGAUUGAAGGGGGUGGUGAUAUGUAUGAAUGGCAUCGUGAGGCGACACCCAUCAUGUUGAAGGAGUUUAUUAUGUAUCUGCCGGACAUGGACUUGGCCUUCAAUAUUCACGACGAGCCCCGAGUGGUGUUGCAGCAUGAUGACCUGCUGCAUCACGUUCAGGUGGCGAAGGACGAGAACAUCCCCAAGGCGUAUGCCAAUCAAGGAUUAAGCAAUGGAUGGUCGCCGAGGGCAGAAGACUUGGGAGAAGGGAUACGGAUCAAAGAGUACAAGACGACACGCUUCAACCGUUUCGCCCAUCAACCGACUUGGAGUGACUCAAGACUAUCCUGCUCUCCAGACAGUCCAGCUCGCAUCUGCCUGAACGACUCCUGUCCCGACAACAUUACAGCGUACACUGACCUGCCUCUUGGGUUCAUCCGCAACACUACAGCCUUUUCCGAUAUCUGUAAUUCACCAAGCAUGGAGAAAUCCUUUGGAUUCUUCGACCGUCCCAACGCUUUCGACGUAACCCACGAUCUUUUCCCGAUAUUCUCACAGUCCAAGAUCUCCAGUUUUCAGGAUAUUCUUUAUCCCUCGCCAUGGUACUAUAUGGGCCGAGUGAAGUAUGAGAAGGAGCGGGAUAUGCCAUGGGAAGAGAAGGCUCCGACGAUGUAUUGGCGAGGUAGCACGACAGGGGGAUUCUCUCGUGAUGGCGGUUGGAGACGACAACACCGUCAGCGAUUCCUCGCCAAGAUCCAACCACUCAACACGGCCAAGAUACUCGAGCUCGACAAUUCCACCUUCACAGAGGAUGUCUGGCGCGAGAAAGAGAUUUCACUGCAACAGAUGUCGCAUUAUUUCGACGUCAAGUUUACCUACAUCGGGCAAUGCGAUCCGGGCGACUGCGAUGCACAGCGUGAGUACUUCGGCACCGUGGAGCCGGUGAAUAUGUUCGAUGCUCUUGCAUCGCGAUAUCUACUGGACAUCGACGGCAAUGCGUUUUCGGGACGCUACUAUGCGUGGCUGCUGAGCAAUAGUCUGGUCUACAAGCUCGCUGUAUUCCGUGAAUGGCACGACGAAUGGCUCCGUCCGUGGGUGCAUUACGUCCCAUUUGGCUUACAAGGGGAUGAAUAUGUAGAGUCGGUGCGAUAUUUUGACCAAGAACAGAGCGGCAAGGUCGAAGGGAAGAAGAUCGCCGGUCAGGGACGCCAAUGGGCACAGAAGGUGCUGAGGAAUGAAGACUUGGAAGUUUGGUAUUUUAGAUUGUUGCUGGAAUAUGGCCGCUUGAUCGACGACAAUAGGUACAACAUUGGAUUCAGCUUGUGA